GUGUUACAGUUUGGGCAGGUGCGUGUAGUGAACCCUGGCUGAGAGCAUUUGAAGCAGUAAGGUUCAGGCUUAUAGUUUUCUUUGCUACACGAAGGAGGCUGUGGUCUAUGCGGUCCAAGCACUGAGUGAAGCUCAUGAGCACGCAGCAGCAGGUCCAUUACAGAAGUGACAUUAGCGCCAUACAGGGCAACUCUGUAUUUUUCAAGAGCAUGUUUACUAAUUAGGUCGAUUCUGUCUUCUUCAGGUGGAGGGCUCUUCAGUUUAUCAAACUCACUCAACAUGUGGGCAACAAAGGUUGGGAGUGGUUCGUCCUGAGCCUGAACACGAUCCAAUAUCCCUCUCAGGAUCUGUUCUUGGCUGUCGGAGGGCAGAAAAACUGUUGUGAGGCCCUGGGCUCUUUUUUGAGACUUUUUUUUUUUUUCGGUUACAAGCCAUUUGCACUGUUUUGAAUGGAAUAUAGCCAAAUGAAAACUGAAAAUGAGAGCGGAGAGGAAGAAUCAGCAGGGUGGAUUUCCAAAAAUGGAACAAAGUGGUCACCCCUACAAAUGCUGAGACGCUCCGCUACGUUCCAGCGGCCACGGGACACACUGGACCCACUUUUUACGCCACCGCCCGGAUCAGUGACCCACUAUCCAGUUUUUCCCUUUUCGUCACGGAUGACAUUAUCCAGCACAUCGUGUCAAUGACCAAUCUCCAGGGGAGACGUGCUAUCGCUGACUGGAAGGACGUGGACAGCGAUGAACUGCGUGCCUAUGUGGGGCUACUAAUUCUGGCCGGUGUUUACCGUUCCCGAAACGAAGCCAUACUCAGCCUCUGGAGCGAGAAAUCCGGCCGGGUGAUUUUUCGUGCUACCAUGUCGGAGAAAAGGUUUCGCUACAUCACCAGAGCUGUGCGAUUCGACGACAGACUUGCGAGACCAAGACACUGUGACGACAAACUGGGUCCAUUUCGCAAGAUCUGGGAUAUGUGGACCCAUCGCCUCCAGAUGAUGUUCUGCCCAAACAAAGAAAUUUGUGUGGAUGAACAGCUUGUCCCUUUCAAAGGGAGGUGCGCCUUCAGGCAGUAUAUGCCCAAAAAGCCGGCGAAGUAUGGGCUGAAGGUAUGGGCGGUCUGCGACGUAGAGACGUCUUAUGCCUGGAGGCUGCAGCUCUACACGGGCAAAGCAGCCGCUGGGCGCACUGAGACCAACCAGGGUAUGCGAGUGGUUCUGGAGCUGAUGGAGGGGCUCCAGGGACACAGCGUCACCUGUGACAAUUUUUUUACUUCCUUCCCUCUGUCAGAGGAGCUGCUGAGGAGAAAAAAUACCCUGGUUGGCACCAUUAGGAAGAACAAGCCUGAGCUUCCGCCAGAACUGCUGCAGACAAGGGGGAGAGAAGUGUUUUCCUCCGUGUUUGCUUUCACCUCGACGCACACGGCCGUGUCAUACGUCCCUCGCCGCGGCAGAAAUGUGCUCCUGUUGAGCUCCAAACACCGCACUCCAGGAAUCUGCGACGAACCCAAGAGAAAGCCGCACACAAUAAAGGAUUACAACAAAUCCAAGGGAGGUGUGGACAAACUCGAUCAGGCUGUUGGCACCUACACCUGUAGGAGGCGGACGAGGCGGUGGCCGUUAGCCCUUUUCCACCAUCUGCUUGACAUUUCGCUCCACAAUGGCUACGUCCUGUGGACCGCGGUGGACCCAGCCUGGCAGUGAAGUAAAGCUUACAGGAGGAGGCUCUACAUUGAGGAGGUUGGAGAAGCCUUAGUGCAACCACACAUUGCCAGGAGAGAGCGACUUCCCCGCUCUGUCCAUACAGCAGAGUU